UUCACCCUCUUUCGGUCUCUGUUGCCAUUCCGACGCACAUCCCUCGCAGAGGAGCACCAUCCUGACGGAGCUGGAUAGGGUGCCGCUUCUCGGGUCCCUCUGCGCAGAACAGGACUUCACCCACCGGGAUUCCGGUACCUCGCCUGCACCCCCCCUGCUCCCGCCCCCGGGCGAGCCCUCGGCGCGGAGAUGCGCCCCUGGAGCGGAGCUCGCUGUCGGUAAAGUCACACAAAGAGAAUGAGACUGUGAAGCGGCGCGACAUUCAUCACCUCGGAGGAGUAAAAACGGCACCAGCCUGCAUGGUUUUAUAUUGAGGAUUUGUGCGCCUGAUCGGGGCUCUAAGACACCCCGUAUCCCCUCCACUUCCCUCUCUCCUCGGCCCCCCCGAUCCCAGCUGAAGACAUGAGAAGAAAAAGCUCUGCUGCUGUUGCUGCUGCUGGUGCUGCGGCUCUCUGCGUUUGAGUCUCCAGUCCGUCCGAGGGGGUCCAGUCUGCACACCUUUCUUCAUGUUGCAAGCGCCUGGUUUAUGACAAUGGAUUACUUGCUUUGGGUGUGCAGCCUUGUUGUCCCUGUGGUCCUGGCUGUAGAAGAAACCCUCAUGGACAGUCGGUGGGCUACCACAGAGCUGGCGUGGACCACGUUUCCAGAGAGCGGGUGGGAGGAAGUGAGCGGAUACGAUGACUCCAUGAGCCCGAUCAGAACCUACCAGGUGUGCAACGUCCGGCAGCCGAACCAGAACAACUGGCUGAGGACAGACUUCAUCCCCCGCCGGGGAGUCCUUAGAGUCUACGUGGAACUCAAGUUCUCUGUUCGCGACUGCGCAAGCAUCCCCAACAUCCCAGGCUCCUGCAAGGAGACCUUCAAUCUGUUUUACUACGAGUCAGAGGGGGACAUGGCUACAGACAGCAGCCCCCUGUGGAGGGAGAACCCUUACGUGAAAGUGGAUACUAUUGCUCCGGACGAGAGCUUCUCUCUGCUGGAGGCCGGCAGGAUCAACACCAAAGUGCGCAGCUUCGGCCCCCUGUCCAAGGCCGGCUUCUACCUGGCCUUCCAGGACCUGGGGGCCUGCAUGUCGCUCAUCUCAGUCAGGGUUUUCUUCAAGAAGUGCUCCACCACAAUUGCCAAUUUCGCCGUCUUCCCUGAAACCGCCACGGGUGCAGAAGCCACCUCCCUGGUGAUCGCGCCGGGGGCCUGCGUGGCCAACGCCAUGGAGGUGUCCGUCCCUCUCAAACUGUACUGCAACGGGGACGGAGAGUGGAUGGUUCCGGUGGGCUCGUGCACCUGCGUCGCCGGUAACGAACCCUCUGCAGACAGCACACAGUGCCAGGCUUGCAUCCCCGGGACUUUCAAAUCCAAAUUCGGCGAGGGGACGUGCGCUCCCUGCCCGGCCAACAGCCGCACCAGUUCGCGAGGAGCCAACGUGUGUCCCUGCCUGAACGGCUUCUACCGCGCCGACAGCGACCCGCCGGACUCCUCCUGCACCACCAUCCCCUCGGCCCCUCGUAACGUCAUAUCCAGCGUGAACGAGACAUCCCUGUCCCUGGAGUGGGACGAACCCAAGGACACGGGCGGGCGGGGGGACCUCGUCUACAACGUGGUGUGCAAGAAGUGCCUGCGCGACCUCAGCCCGUGCACGCGCUGCGACGACAACGUGGACAUCGCUCCGCGCCGCCUGGGCAUGAGGCAGAGGAAGGUGGUGGUGAGGAACCUGCAGGCCCACACCCGCUACAGCUUCGAGGUCCAGGCCGUCAACGGCGUGUCCGGGAAGACCCCGUCCUCGCCCAACUACUCCACGGUCAACAUCACCACCAACCAGGCCGCGCCUUCAGCCGUGCCAACAGUCCAUCUGAUGCGCUCCACUGCAGACACCCUCAGCCUGUCAUGGCUGCCGCCCGAGAAGCCCAACGGGGUCAUCCUCGACUACGAGAUCAAAUACCAGGAGAGGGGCCAGGCGAUGGCUCACACCGUCACGUCCCAGCACAGCUCGGCCAAGGUGGAGGGCCUGCGGGCGGCCACGCCCUACGUGGUGCAGGUCAGGGCCCGCACCGUGGCCGGGUACGGUCGCUACAGCAACCCCAUGGACUUCAGCACCAACCUGCACAGUGACCCCCAGAAGUCGGUGCAGGACCAGCUGCCGCUCAUCAUCGGCUCGGCCUCGGCCGGUCUGGUGGUCGUCGUUGCCUUGGUGGUUAUCGCUGUUGUCUGCCUUAAGAAGCAGCGCAGCGGGUCGGAGCUGGAGUACACCGAGAAACUGCAGCAGUACAUUUCUCCAGGGGUCAAGGUGUACAUUGACCCCUUCACGUACGAGGACCCCAACGAUGCGGUUCACGAGUUUGCCAAGGAGAUAGACAUCUCUUGUGUGAAAAUCGAAGAAGUAAUUGGUGCAGGGGAAUUUGGCGAAGUGUGCCGCGGCCGCCUCAAGCAGGCCGGCCGCCGGGAGAUGGUGGUGGCGAUCAAGACUCUCAAGGCGGGCUACACCGAGCGCCAGAGGCGGGACUUCCUCGCCGAGGCCUCCAUCAUGGGUCAGUUCGACCACCCCAACGUAAUUCGGCUGGAGGGUGUCCUGACACGGAGCUGCCCCGUCCUCAUCAUCACUGAAUUUAUGGAAAACGGCGCGCUGGAUUCCUUCCUGAGGCUCAACGACGGGCGCUUCACCAUGACGCAGCUGGUCGGGAUGCUGCGCGGCAUCGCCGCCGGGAUGAAGUACCUGUCAGACAUGAACUACGUGCACCGAGACCUCGCCGCACGGAACAUCCUGGUCAACAGCAACCUGGUCUGCAAGGUCUCCGACUUCGGUCUCUCACGCUUCCUGGAUGACACAUCCGCUGACCCCACGUACACGAGCUCCCUGGGAGGAAAGAUUCCCAUUCGGUGGACGGCGCCAGAAGCCAUCGCCUUCAGGAAGUUCACCUCGGCCAGCGACGUGUGGAGCUACGGCAUCGUCAUGUGGGAGGUGGUGUCCUACGGAGAGAGGCCUUACUGGGACAUGAGCAACCAGGACGUAAUGACGGCAGUAGAGCAGGACUAUCGGCUGCCCCCGCCCAUGGACUGUCCCAUGGUGCUGCACCAGCUGAUGCUGGAGUGCUGGAUGAAGGAGAGGAACCUGAGGCCUAAGUUCUCGCGCAUCGUCAGCACCCUGGACAAGCUGCUCCGCAACGCCGCCAGCCUCAAGGUGGUGACCAGCAGCUACUCAGGGGAUCUGCUGCGGCUGGGAGGAACGCUGCCGGGACACAACAGGAAGAGUCCGGAAGACAGUCAGGAAAUCAUCCGGCAACAGAUGAGCCAGACUCUUCCCAUCAGAGUGUGAACUGCUACAGAAGGAGAUAAAAAAAAAAAAAAAAUACAUUUAAAAAAAACUACCUAUGAACUCUGAGGAGGAGAAUCCGAUGUACAAAGUCUAAAAAUACAACAAAACAAAAAAAGAGGGCGGGGAAUCAAAGAUGACGGCAAUGAGAGCGGACCGGUUCGAAGACUUCCUUCCCAGUGGAGACUUAACGUCUGUAUAAAGACAACUUCCCAUUGCGGUGUGUUUGUUCAUUACUUGACACUUGUGGAUUUGUGACUGUUGACAUGAAGCCAAACUUCUUAAUGGACCCUCUCAGGUUGUGUUUGCAUGCCUGCAUGUGUUUUCUUUUUUUUUUCCCCCCGUUUCUUUCCGCUGGUUGGGAAUCAGCAUUUUCUUCUCGCCGCCUCACCGAGGAAAGGCAAACGUCUACAUGACGCAACAGUGCCAAGAUGAAGCAAACCCAACCUUCAGUACAGCUUGACCAGUGUAUCAAUCUGCUCGACCGUUUUUCUUUUUCUUGUUUUUUUUUUCUUUUGUGGUUUGUUUAAUCCCAACCAAAUACGUUCCUUAAAGUUAUUUUUGCCGAUGAGAGAAAAAAAAAAAAAAAGAAGGAACUUUUCAUCCUCUUCCUCUUAAAUACCGUCUUCCACAGAAACGUACUGGGAGAUCCGUGUUUUACGAAUCUGUACAAAGCGUCCAAGUCUUCACCCUCUCCCGAACCCCCCACGUCUCUCCGCGUUGGAGGCGAGACGCAGCUGACACUGUGCGGGACACAUCAUGUGCAUGCCAAAGUGGAAACUCCGUCAUGAGAAACGUACUUACCAAGUUCCACAUUCGCUGUUGCUUCGGUGGCAUUUUGCUGUUUCGGGCUUUAACGUCCGCGUUUUCUUAACCUCCCUCGACUCAUAAAACGCAUUGUUUUGAAUGCUAAGUUAUUACCUGAUACUGCUAUUUUAUUUUGUUGUUUGUUUUUUUACUUGGGCUUAACUUUUUUAUUACAAAGCUUGUUUUUUUUUUGUUUUUUUUCCUUCCCACAUAGUGAGAAACCAGACAGACGUGAAUGAGUGAAUUAAGGAGACGUUUGACUCAGACAGGCUAAUUAUCUUUAAAAUCACUGAGCAGACUGUGUCAGGAUCGAUGUUAGGCUUCUUCCUGCCCCGAGCAGAGCUGCAGAUUUUACUCAGACAAAAAAUUGGAGAUUAGCAGGAAUUUAAAACUGACUCAGACGUAGAAAAAAAAAAGAAAAAAGAAAUCACAGCAGAACAAAUCAGCCAUUGUUUUGUUAAUUUCUAAUCAGUGUUUUCCUCGGACGCCAGCUGUCAGAGCAGUUUCUAUCUAAACCAACUGCCUGUAUAUAACACCAUGUUUGUAUUAGGCCAAACCACUGAGCAGUUACAGCUAUCCGACCUGACUUUGGCCCUCACUUAUCUGCUUGUUGUUAUGUUUUCAUAAAGCAAACGGAUGAGGGAGUUUGACGGUCACUACCAGGGAUGUCCCGAAACCGAUCCGAGUCGAUUCGGAAAACGCCUAAACUGAAUGAUUCCUCAUUAUUGUUUUAUAAAGUUUUGCACUCGGGAUCGUUUUCAGAAAAGUUUUCAUCCGCAUGAACCCACACAAAUCCUCCCUUGAGCGUUUUUUUUAAACAUGCCAAACCCAUAGGGGGCAGUGUAGCACAAAGCUGGAACCUAUGCCAGCCAAUCAGAUUGCUUCAAAACAGACACGACUUCCUGUCAGGAAUUAAACUUUCAUUUGUGUCGACAGAUAGUAAGGUUUAACUGCUUUUAAACAAUGCGUUAGAAUAUAAAGUUAACAAAACACAAGACGAUGUGGAUUGGGAAUCUUGUCAAAGCGGAUAUAUCGGCACAUUACUUCUCCUCGACUAAUUUGUGAGACCCCAAGUCUCUGUCUUCCUUUGUACACACAUGCAAACACAGUUUUCUCAAAUCUGCACUUUGAUCAGAGUUUUAAUAAAUAAAUGUUCUUAGUGAUUAAACUGAGUUUUUGUGUGGUUGAAAGGCUAAAACAAAAAUGUACUUUUUCCCCCAAAUAUCUGGCUACAUGUGGACUAGACCUAAAUUUAGUCAAUUUUAAUCCAUUUUUGCAUUAAGUCCAUAUACACUGAAAUUAAAAUUAUAAAUGCUAUAGCUAACAUUGUUGUAACUGUGUAUUCCGACAGAACUAGCUGUUUUGAAUACGGUCAUUGUACAUUUCUGCAUCAAUUUUUAGACUUCAUACAGUUAAACUGCUUUUUAUACUGAAGUUUAUCAAACUGAAAAUGUCGUCAGAUCCUGUCUGGUGGAAACCUGUGCAGCUUCACUGUUUCUAUGAUCUGACUCGAAAUAUGGAGUUACUGACUAGCAUACUAGCUUAGCGUUAGCAUGCUUACUCUGGUUUUUUUUUUUUAAAAGGGUUUUGCUGAUAAUUUGGCUUGUAAUAUAUUUUAUUGCAUUUCUAGUUAACUGGUUGCAGAUAAAACUUAAAAGAAGUUGUUCUGCUUUUGGGACAGUUGGGCACAUCCAAGUCAUAUGACUAACAAAAUAUGACUGACAGGCCAGGAGCUGCAGCAGCCAAUACAGUCUCUAUCACUGUGAACUUCAGUAGUUGAGGUAAAAAAAUUAAAAUAAAAAGACAUUCAGCAAGGGUGGAUUUGUGACACGUCUACUAGAUUUCCAUGGAGGAAAUGUUUACAAAGGAAACAACUGCACAGCUAGCUGGAGCUAAAAAUCACAGUAAAGAGGCCUGAAAUGCCAAUAGCAACAACUGAAAAAAAGCCCAAACCAAUACCUGGGAUCGGAUCGGGACAUCCUUAGUCUGUCCGUGUCUGAAGCUAAAGAGAAUCUCGCCGUGAAAGAAGAAAAUGUGCCUGUUAGGGCAGAGAUUUCCUGUGCAGUUAAAGGUGUACUAGAUUGUAAAAAAAAAAAAAAAAAAAAAAGAGAAAAAAAAAGAAAAUGUGAGAAAACCAGAACAAAAAUAAGCAUUUCUCUUUCAGUAUUUUUACGAUAAUCAUAUGCAAAUAAAUUAUUAAACACA